CUCAGAGCAGCGCAGGGCUCGCCAAACGGCCGGCAUCGAUCGCGCGCAGCACGCACGCCUAGCAAAAAUGGCUCUCAGCACAUCCUCAGCAGAGCUCACAACAACCACAGCCGCCCGCGACGACGCCAAUGCCGCAGCAGCGAAAGCAACUAUAGACCUGCUACGAGUCGCUGAUAUGGACGACGCCACGAAGGACGCAUCCGUAGCCGCCGUCGACGCGUGCGGCCGGCUCGCGCGCGCGCUCGCGGUGCCGGGCGCCGUGCGGCCCCGGGACGCUCCCGCAGCGCUAUUGCCAGCCACGAUGUUGCUCUUGCGACCGCCGCGCGGCCGGCGGCGGCGCGCGGCAAUUGAAUCAGCCGCCGGCUGCGCGACCGCCGCCAUCACGGCGUGCGGACCAUCAUUAGCGAGGGUCGCCGGCGUUGACGGUGUCUCUCGUUUAUUAGGUGGUGUUAGUUUACGACUCGCUGAUAAAAAUGAUGAAGGGAUCACGUCGAAGGAGGAGGCGACGCUGGCGUUGCUACGCGCUGCGCGGAGCGCCUUCACGUCGUCGCAAACGGCCGCGGGUGCGGACCGCAAGGCCUGGCUUGUCGUGUGGGAUCGACUCAACGGUCAAGAAUCAGACGGCCGCGUGCUCGUGGCGGGCCUGGCGCACGCUACUGCUCUACUCGUGAAGGGCGGCGCUUCUCGUGAAACGCGUUUGAACGCCGUGGAGCUCCUCGACGCCAUGGUCAUGGCGACACCAUCAAAGCUCCAGAGGGAUUUGUGGAGGUGCUUCCUGCCCGGUUUAUUUGGGCCUUUGUGGGCGGCGGCCGCGGCGCCUCCCACGCCGGCGGAGAGCGACGCGCUGCGUUGUAGUGCGCUGACGGCGUGCGCCCGUCUGGUGGUCGUGGUGUGCGGCGGUGAUGUGGAGGACGCCAUCCAAGAGGCGCGGGUCGGGCCAACCGAGGACACUGGUGUAAGCGUCGCGCCCACUCGUAUAUGGCGAGAAACGACGCAACAAAGGCUCCUGUUCCACGUGCCGGCCAUGCUCGUCGCAUGUAGGAGAGACGCCUCGUCGAAAACGCGUCGGGCGUGCGUCGCGGCCGCCGCGUCGAUCAAAGACGCGUGCUCACCCUUUUUAGGACCGUGUGCAGCUCUGAACGACACGCUGGCAGCUUUAUGUUUCGACGAGGACCCCGCCGUCGCCUCGGAGGCGCGCCGCGCGAGCGUCGAGACGAGUUCACCGGAAGACGUCGCGAAGGCCGCGCAGGCCGCUGCAGUAUUGGCCUGUUCAAAUGACGAGGCGGCUUUGAGGGAUGCCCUCGACCUUACCAGUGGAAGGUGCGUGGGCACCCGCUCCAACCACUGGGACGGCGACGCCGCGUUUUCGACUUUAGAGGGAUUGGCCCGCGUGCUCCGCGGUACUGAUGCUGGCGUGCAAAGUUUAGAUGCACCCUUGGGCGCGCCGCAGGGUUUAGUCGCCCACGACACCUUCGAGAAGCGUGUCGUUGAGGCGGGGCGGUUCGGGGCCGCGUAUCCAAGGCCUCGAUUGGCCCACCUCCAUGCCAAGGCGACGCGGAACGCGUUGCGGCGGACCGUGUGGCUUGUGGCGAUGAAGGCUCCUACCUUGUCGCUGGAAGCCUGUUUACGAGGCUUGACGAAAGAGUUUGGGUCUUUAUUGGCCGAUCUCGUGUCCUCGUUAGCGGCGGCGCCCCGGCUGCGCGACGCCGUCCAGGACGACGAACCGGUCGACGUCACUCUUGAUCAGAAGCCGCUCGAAAGUAAUGGUGAGCUCGUCGCGCUAGCCGAGUACGCGGCCGACGAGAUCCUCGCUUCCAAAGCGUGGCGGGGGACUCGUGUUGAUCCUGUCGAGGAGGAAGUCUCGUCGGAUCUGUUGCGGGAUGGCACGGCCCUUGCGACGCCGACGAAGGCCCUGGCGACGACGACGACGAACGAGGCCGCGCCGGAGCUCUGCCGCGCCCUCGCGGCCUGCACUGGACUCGCAGCAGCGAGGGGCGGCCCCGAGGCCCUCGCUGCCUUAUUAAGACGAGCGUUAUACCCGCUGCUGGAGCAGCUCGCUUCCACCAAUCCAGACGCGCGGCAGGCCGCUUUAGCUGCCCUCGUCGAGUGCGCCGCUUGUACUGAUACAGAUGACGCUAAAGAAGCUUUACCUGCCUUACUGGCCGCGAACUUGGAUUAUGUGGUGGACGCGGCCUGUAGGAAACUAAGGCGAGCGGCAACACCAGAACAAGCCGCGAAAUCAGCUUCUGUAGUAGAGGUUCUAUUGAGGCACUCCCAGGCCGAGCCCGCCACCCCUCUUUUACGAGAUGUCGUGCGGAACGCGCUGAGAGACGUCGACGCGCACUGCGUCUCCGCCGGUUCGACGCAUGUCGCGACGGCGUUUUUGAGGUUGAUGCGGGCGAUGGUCCGGGCGGUGCCCCAUAUUCCCGGAGAAGAUCGCAUCGUACAGGAAGAAACGGAAGACUGGCUCAAGCCUCUGUUGCGGGACUUCGGCGACCGGCCCACGAGGCAGAAAGCGCAGGACGACUCCUACAAGCGACUCAUGGACGAGCUGAACAAGUACGGGCCGCGCGACCCGCCUCCGGAGGACGCACCUCCACGAGAGGUGGAGCAGCGAGACUCGACGCUGACGGACGAGGAAAAGGUGUUCUUGGGGAAUAGGGCGCACCACGCCAAACUCAACGAGAUGGGGCCGUCCGAGGCGUCUCCGGAAGAAACGCUGCUGAGCGACGUAGCUAAAAGAGCUACGUACUUCGUGGCUACCGAUGAUCUGGCGGUCCAGACCGUGGCGUUUGGGGUCUUGGCUGAUGCAUGUGAUAGGCUGCGGGCCGUGCCUGAUAGGGUGCGUCCUUUGGUUCAUGCUGUGUGGCCCUCUAUACGAGCGAGAUUGCCUGCAACGCGAGACGCCUGCGACGCCUUGUAUCACGCUUCAGGUGCCCAGCAGCGGUGCGUGAGUGCCGCGUUGGACGUCGUCGCCGUGCUCGCUUUUUGUGUAGGGGACUUUCUGGCUUUUAAAUUUAAAGACGACGCGUGGCCCUCUUUACAGUUAUUGUUGAGGCCGCCUUUGCUGGAAGAUGAUGAUUCUAUUCCUCAGCGGGAAGGUGUGGUGGUCGCGGCGCUGCAUUGCUGCUCUAGGCUCGCGCAGCGGCGUGAUUUGGACGACCUGAUCGGUCCUGUGGCUUCAACGAUGAGCGGCUUCGCGCUCGCGCUUGCUUCGCAGGGCGCAUCUACAAAAGUGUGCGACGCCGUGGCGGCUUGUGUUUCUUCAUUAAUCCGCCACGACGGCGACGCCGUCUGGCUGCGGGUCUUCGAUGGGUCGGGUGAGGGGCCUUUGCCGUCGUGCGCGGCGCUGCCGCCGUGCACUUCCCGUAAACUCGAUCCAAGCGUGCGCCGCGACGUGCUGGCGGCUUUGGAUCGUGUCGACGUCGAGCUGCCGGACGGCAAGGGGUUCUGGCUGUAGUGG